AACCACUCCAUUGGGCAACAAGCAACUACUUCAUUUGAAUCUGCAGAACAACAAAUGGCUGAUGCACUGACAGAAGAUCAGAUUGCUGAAUUCCAGGAAGCGUUUUGCUUCAUUGAUAAGGAUUCUGAUGGUGUCAUUACUGUGGAUGAACUGGCAACCAUAAUAAGAUCAUUAGAUGGGAAUCCAACAAAAGAAGAAAUACAAGAUAUGAUUAGCGAAGUUGAUAUUGAUGGGGAUGGGAGUAUAGAUUUUGAAGAGUUCUUGAAUAUUAUGGGCAGAAAAAUGAAGGAAAAUCUAGCUGAGGAGCUAAAAGAAGCAUUCAAAGUAUUUGAUAGAGAUCAAGAUGGAUACAUAUCAGCCGCUGAGCUGAGAAAUGUAAUGAUGAAUUUGGGAGAGAGACUGACAGAUGAUGAGGCUGAACAAAUGAUUAGAGAGGCAGAUUUGGAUGGGGAUGGUCAAGUUAGCUAUGAAGAAUUUGCAAAGAUGAUGACGCUGAAUUGAUCUCAUUUAUUGGCAAAAAAAAAAGAAAAGAAAAAUAUCUCAUUUGAAAUCUACUAGCAAAAUAGUAAAAAAUGAG